AUGGCAGCCGAAAAACGAUUUCUCCCAGUCGAGAACCCAACUCUCCCAUUCUGGUUAACAGAACGCUCUCCGCUGGACGCGCAUCGUUCAACGCCCAACCUUCCCGACGAGUCCGACAUUGUGAUUAUCGGUGCCGGAUAUGCCGGAGUCAGUCUCGCAUACCAUCUUUUGACGUCUAUAAGCUACAGCACCAAGCGUCCCUCGAUCACUAUCCUCGAAGCAAGAACAGUCUGCUCUGGGGCGACGGGGCGGAAUGGCGGCCAUCUCAGACCAGACAUCUACGGAUCCAUACCGCUGUUUAUCCGGCGCCAUGGUCUAGACGCUGCUGUCGAACUGGCCGAAUUCGAGCUGUCGCAUAUCAAGGCGAUCCAAGAUGUUAUCGAGAAAGAGAAGAUAGAUUGCGAUCUGGUUAUGACCCGCAAUAUGAACGUGUACUUCGGCACUGACCGCGGGAACAAAGUCCGAAAAGUAAUUGAAGAUUUAAAAGCUCAAGGAUGCAAGUUUCUGGACGAUCUAGUCUUUCUUCCUGAAGAGGAUAUUGAGUCGACAUCCGGGGUCAAAGGCACCAAGGUCGGAUUCUCGUUUACUUCGGGGGCAAUCUGGCCGUAUAAAUUUAUCCUCGGACUUUUAGAGAAAGUUCUUGAGUACGGCGGCGACAGUGUCAACUUACAAACUACAACACCCGUCAAUUCAGUAACGAGUGAAGCACCCGAUCGCCACGUUAUCCAUACUCCCCGGGGCAGCAUCAAGGCAAAGAAAGUAGUCUACACAACCAAUGCCUAUACCUUUGGUCUUUUGCCUGAAUAUGAACGUGCCAUCUUCCCAGCACGCGGUAUCGUCGCACAUAUCAGCGUCCCCGAAAACCAGACCCCGCCACACUUGCCCUUGUCGUCGUACGCAUUGAGAGUCGAUCCACGUACGGGCGUCGACUAUCUCAUCGCGAGGCCAGAUGGUAGCAUUAUCGUUGGCGGAGCGCAUCACCUUCACCAGGAUAACAACGAUGAAUGGUUCAACAAUAUCGACGACAGCAAACUCAUCGAGUCCACCAAGGAUUACUUUGACGGGUAUAUGCAGAAGCAUUUUAACGGAUGGGAGGACAGCGGUGCUUCUGUCAAGGAGUUAUGGACUGGUAUAAUGGGCUACUCCUCCGAUACAGCUCCUCACAUUGGCGAAAUUCCGUCUCGGCCAGGUCAAUAUAUCGCUGCCGGAUUCAACGGGCAUGGGAUGCCAGUAAUCUAUCUCUCCUCCAAGGGUCUUGCGCAACAAAUCCUCGAGGAGAAGCCAUUCGACGAGACAGGCGUUCCGCGCACUUUCAAAACGACUUCUGAACGGUUGGAAACUGCGGCAAGCGGCAAAAUUGGAGGUGAUAUAUUUUAA